UCAAAAUAAUAAACAUUAAAAAUUUUUUAAUGAAAUUAAAAAUAAAAUUUAAAAAAAAUGGCCUCAGACCUACAAAUUAUGGAAGUCUGUAUUGCCACAUUUUAUCAACAAAUAUUUUCUGCAGGCUUGUAUUCUAGAUUUUGAACAAUGGUAAGAGAAUGGGUUUGAAGUGCAUAACUUAGUCUGUGUGAGAUUAAUACAUUUAAUUAAAUAAAUGUAUUAAUAUAUACCUUAUGCAUACAAUACAUUAAUUAAUUAAACAAUGUGUUUAAUGUGUUCACAUGGAUGUGUACAGAGUGAAGUGUUAUCCCAACACCAAUGUUAACCUAUGUCAUUAAAUACUGUAGGAAAGGGAUGGAAAGUAAGAAAAUGUGAAGAUCUCUUUCCAAGGUAGGGUGGGAACCCGAAGGGACUCCCUUUCAUUACUCCAAAGCCAUAGGCAGCUCUUGGUUGCAUCAUGAGAUGAAUAAAUGUCAGGGGGAUAAGGAACUGGCAAACUUGGUGGGAUUCUGAGCAUUAGGGAAGGGCUAUUUCAUCUUCAGGAUUUAGUUGAAUUCCGGGGAGUUAGUGAGGACCAGGUGCUGUAAGAGGACAAUGAUCCCUCUGAUGCCCAGGCCUUGAUUAGUGGCAGUCAUGCAAGAGGGCGUAUUGGAUGAUGUAAUCGCCAUGGGCAUCGCUUCAAAUGUCACAUGUUACAGUAGAUAUAGAGAUGACACUCAAAGGGCCUAGACACAAGGGAAUAGGUUCAGAGUCAGGGACCCAAUGAGAUUGAUUAGGAAGCCGUAUUAGAACUGUUAUCAUUCUCCAAAAAAGGGGUUGUGGGCAAUCUAAAGUCACAUAGCGAGCAGGGAGUUUUAAGGGGGAGUCACAGAACUACUGAGCGUUGAUAUGUAGGAGAAGCAGUGCUACAGUGACUAAUCGUUCUUGAUAUGAUCUCAAGACUUGCUGGCAUCAGAAAAGGCCAGUGUUGGGGCAAACUCGCGCGAGUGGUUUAACAUGGCGGAAAAUGAUGCUCUAGCUGCUCCGAGUCCACGGGGUCGUGCGGACGGGGAGGACGCGGAAUCCCCGGAAGAGCGAAUGACAGAAACGCCGAGAGAUGAUCAGGAGCAGUUCGAGUGCCAGGAACUGCUGGAGUGCCAGGUGCAGUUGGGGGUACCGGAGGAAGAGGAAGACCUGGGCCCAGUGGCUGAGGCUGAGGCGGUAGCUGCCGGCUGGAUGCUCGAUUUCUUCUGCCUCUCUCUUUGCUGGGCCUUCCGCGAAGGCCGCUCUGAGGACUUCCACCGGACCCACGACAGCGCCGAGGCUAUUAUUUAUGGGCUAUCCAGAACCCCUCAUCAGUUGAGAACUAUAUACAUAUGUCAGUUUUUGACCAGAGUUGCAGCAGGAAAAUCCCUUGAUGCACAGUUUGAAAGUGAUGAACGAAUUAUAAUACCCUUGGAAUCAGCCCUGAUGAUUUGGGCCUCAAUUGACCAGGAACAUGAAAAACUUCAUAAAGAAAUACAGAAUUUAAUUAAAAUUCAGGCUAUAGCUGUUUGUAUGGAAAUUGGCAAUUUUAAAGAAGCAGAAGAAGUCUUUGAAAGAGUAUUUGAUGAUUCGAAUUCUUGUGAGCCUUUAAAAAGGAAAUUGCUUAUGGUAAUAUCUCAGAGAGAUACCUUCCGCUUCAUUUUUCAACACUUCAGCUGCAGCCAAAUGAUGGAGAAAAUUAAGAGUUACGUGAAUUGUGUAAUAAGUGAAAAAUCAUCAGCCUUUCUUAUGAAGGCAGCAGCAAACGUAGUGGAAAGUAAAAGAGCAAGAACAACUUCUCAAGAGAAACCUGGUGGUAACAAUAUUGAACUGGAAACUGAAGCUAAUUUGGAUGUAGGGAAAAGUGUUACUACCAACAAACAGUCUGCUGUAACUGAAUCCUCAGAGGGUACAGUAUCCUUAUUGAGGUCUCACAAGAAUCUCUCUCGAUCUAAAUGGAAACACGGAAGCCAACAAGAUUUUAAUAAGAGAGAAGAAAGAGUGGAAACUCUUCAAAGUGGAAGAAAGGUAAAAAACAGACAUGCCACUGAAAGCAGAGAAGACAUUUCGAACAAUCAGCCGAUAACUUCUAAACCCCGUCGAUCUAGGAAAAAGCAGGCAUGGCUUUGGGAAGAAGACCACAAUUUGAGAUCUGGUGUGAGGAAAUACGGAGAGGGAAACUGGUCUAAAAUACUAUUACAUUAUAAAUUCAACAACCGAACGGGCGUCAUGUUAAAAGACAGAUGGAGGACUAUGAAGAAGCUAAAACUGAUUUGCUCAGACAGUGAAGACUGCGUGUGUUUGUAAACUUGGUAAAAGGUCAGUUAAAUAUUUUGAUCACGGAAUUUUGUUUGAAACUUGGUGGUCAUUGAUCUAUCUUAAAAUUCUUGUCUAAAGCUUUACAGUAUCCUUAAAAUGUCACUUUAAUCUGAAGAUUGAUGCUAUGUGAGUAAGAUUUUAUGUGAUCGUUGGAUUCUUUAAUAAUCUUUUUCCUUUGAUAAAAUGUGAAUUUGUUGA